AGCGCUACACAGGUAUGCACUUUGCGUAUUAGGAACGAAAGGCUAUGAAACAUAGCACACCGAAUUUUGUUUCUUCCGAUAUAUCCGACCGGCAAUAGGGAAACUUCUUGAACUUCUAUCCUUCUCAAAGGCACUGUACCGAAAGAUAAACGAGAGAACCCGCAAAUCAUGGAUACCGAAUAUAAGCGUAAGCGGGUUGCCAAAGCCUGUCAGAGAUGCAGGUCCAUGAAGUCAAAGUGCGACGGACAACGACCGGCAUGCAGUAGAUGUCGGGGUUACGGGUACACCUGCGCUUACCGCUUGCAGCGGCCACGACUACGGGCUGGAACAGAUGAUCGCUUCAGUCAUAGCAUUUCCGAGAGAUUACCGGACUUGUGCGAUGCAAUACACCAACAAGAAAGAUUACUGGAUCAUGCCAUUUCUCUCCUUCCGUCUGGUUCGGAACAAGAAGCGGUCCUGCUGAAGAGUUCGAGUGUCAAAUCGCAGCUUGAUAACGCCAUCUGCAGCAUGAAGGUUGAAGUUUUGCCACAUGCAGCGGCCAGCGAAUCUCGUAGCAAAUCAACCCCCUCUAGCUGCGUCGAUCGGCCUCCAGGUUACUUGGGCGAGGUCAGUGAUAUUCGUUUUGUUAACCUUGUGAAAAGGUUUCUGCAAAUCCAAGACGGAACAGCAAUGACGCAAAAAGAUUUCGAAAGCUAUGACCAAGGCGAGAAUCUAGUACCCUCCAACGAGGUCCCUUGUCCGACAAUCCUGCUGCCAGCCUUCGAGGAAGCUAAACAUUAUAUUGAUGCGUAUUUUACAACUAUUCAUAUCGCUUACCCCUUCAUACCUGAAUCGCCUUUCAUAAAAAUAUAUAAAACUAUUAGAGACAAUGACAGUCCCAAGGCCCAGAGCUGUAACAGCAACAUCGAGACAGCGCUAUUAUAUACAAUAUGUGCAAUUGGGGCUUAUUAUAGGACCUUACCUGGCAAAGAAGAAUCUAUAGAUACGCUAUAUGAGAAAUUGUAUUCAUACGCUUUAACGUUAGCGCCAGCUUCCAAUAUGGAACGCUCGCUCGCUCAGGUCUCACUCCUUUUAGCAAGAUGUUUUUACCUUCUGGUUGUGUGCAGGACAGAAAGCUGUUGGACAAUACUUGGCCAAGCAGUUCGUGUCGCUCAAAGCAUUGGACUGCACAUAGAAAGUGAGGAAUCAGACAAUACGAAAACUAUACACUCUCCAGAGAUUGAGAAGCGACGCCGUGUGUGGUAUUCCAUCUAUGUAUUGGAUCGACUUCUCUCCUUACAGCUUGGUCGACCUCCAGCCAUCCAUGAUGAUGAUUUCAAUGUCCCAUUGCCAGCCCGCGCUAGCGAUUCCGAGAUUGAUUGGACUGGCGAAGGUGUCGAAGAGAGAAGUAGUAAUAGUCCAUCAUCAGGAGACUAUUUUCUUGCGGUAAUCGCAUUCUCGGCAAUCGUUGGCCGAGUCCUCCGGAGUCUAUAUUGCCCUAGGCGAAGCCAUUUUGCCUCGGAAGAUCUUCUUAGCACAAAAGAUCUCGAUCGGCAACUCAUAGACUGGAAAAUAUCCCUCCCAAGAGCCCUUCGUUUUGAUUUAGGUCAUACAUUUGAGCAAUCAUAUAUCUUGAAGAGACAGCGAAACAUGCUAGCUAUAAAGUAUCAUCAUCUUAGGGCUCUCAUCUACCGCCCGUAUCUCUGCCAUCCGCUUCUGAUACACCUUGGUGAUCCCAAUGCAACUAUUAGCCAGCUAGAUUGGCCACCAAUACGCGCAUAUGAGAGAACAUGUAUUUCAGAAGCACGAGAGACGGCACGGUUGCUGCAUGGGAUCUCUAGCAAAGAGGAGCUAGUUCAUGGAUUCCCGUGGUGGCAGAUGAUAUCAUGUUUAGUAUGCGCCAGCUCUAUCUUGCUUGUGUCAAGCAUAUUUGCGGAGUCAACGCUUGAAUUAUCAUCUGAAUUUGAUACUGCUGGAUUGUCUGAUGAUGCAGAAACAUGUCUUAAAGUUUUUGAUGCCCUGAGCGUUAACUCACCAGGAGCGAGAAUCGCUAGAGAUAUGAUGAAAACUUUGAAAGAGUGCGGCGUGAGGUGGAAAGACGCCAGUGGUGGCACCCCCAGAGACGUUCAGGAGGGUGCAAAAACAUUUAAUAAUUCCCCAAGCUUUCAGAGCCAACUCCCUCAUCUAAAUACAAUAGCAACUUCACUAUAUACUGGCGAUUACGGGCAACAUAUGCCCAUAUCUGGCAACCUGAUGCCAACAAGCUGCUGGCCCGCGGAAAUUGUUGACUCUAUGGCAUGGUCGGCGCAGUUUUUUGACUUUGGUCACGGAAGGUCGAACCAUACGGAAGGCUUGGGACAAGCGCAGCAUGAAAACAAUAAAGAUCUCUAGGUGUAGUAUCACAGAAAAAUUGAUGGAAAAUACCCAGACUUACAUUACAUACGGGGUAGCUCUUAG